GCUUUUUACACUCAAAAAACUUAAUAAAGCCAAAUUGACGCUGGUAGAAGCUCGUGACAUUAUUCACCACGUGCAAGGGAUUAUGAUUCCAAAUAUCAAGGAAUUUCUUAAAUUAAGAGAAUGCUUAAAUCAAUGAAUUCCUUAAUUAAACAAAAGAAUCAUAUAUAAAUAUACACACACACACACACACACACAAGAUAAUAUGAGUAGAAAAUUUCUACUUACCAUCGGCGUGGCGCAAAAAUAAAAUGACCAGUGUAUUGUCAAUUAAAAUAAAUAAAAAAUAAAAAUCUAAAAUGCAUUCAAAGUAAACUGUUCGGCUCGUGAAAAUCCAUGGUUCCACUUUCCAAGUGAAUGAAAAGUAGGAGUGAGUUGCGGGCGUGCCAGGAACUGCAGUAGUUCCAAAGUAGAAAUCUAAACGGUUAUCCAGUUGGAAAGUUGUAGGGAUCAGACGAUUGUACGAAAGUCUGAAAUGACCACCUUCGAAGGGUCUUUUUUGCCUUUGAACAAGGACUUCAAACUAUUCUAUGGCUAAUGGAAAUGAAGACGGUAUUGAAAUGCAAGUGCUGAAAAUUAAAGCAAUUUAAAGUGCAAGACUGGAAAUUAGGAUAAUUGAGGUGCAUGACUGGAAAUUAGAGACAUGGAAAUGCAGUGCUAGGCUGGAAGUAGCAAAAUAGUACUGGACUUAACUCAAGCAUUAUGAGAAUUCAUUGCUGAAAUGAAUGCUAUAUAUAGCAAAGUGCUUGACUUAACUUAAAAGAAUGUAAAUUCAUUGCUGGAAUGGAAAUACAUGUACUAGCAAGGUGCUAGGUUUAGACAUAGUGUAAACUCAUUGUUGAAAUGAGAGAUGAAAGCAAAGAUGCUUGUGUUGAUAAACCUUUGAGUUGUGUUGCGUGCGUUGAGCAGGGCUUGCAAGUUAAUCCUUAGUGCACUAUUUAUAGACCUCCUUGUAUGCAAUAAUUGAGAUGUUGCGACUUCAGCAACCUCCACUUGGCCUGGUCUGAUACUACCAAGUGUCCCAUGUGCUUGGCAAUUCCUUUUAUUUAUGCCACCAUCUUUUUCCUCCUAUCUCUUGCUAUAUAUUUCUUCUAAUAUCUUACUUGAACCAUGUUCCUUUUCUCUUCUAUGAACUUAUAUCGUGGGUAGUUUUAGAGUGGUCUUCCACUUGUCUUCUCCAUAAACUGACACAUGCCUCAUGUCUUUUGUUCUCCUUUCUUUAAGCACGAUUUUAGUGGCCUUGUCAUCCAAAUUAUUCGACAACCACUUCAGUCGAUGGUAGUAGUUACAUGAGACACCACCACCUUCAACUGACGUACUCCAUGUCCCCUUAAUCGUGUAAAUUAAUCGUUUUUCCAUCAUAAAUGUGCACAUAUAUACAUCCACGAUACAACUUAUCACCCAUUCUCCUUCUUUUCUUACGACUUUAGACUCCACGACGCCAUGAACCCCUGAAUUUCAGUGUUCUUCUCAUCGUGGGUUAGCAUCCUCAACCCCUGUAACUUACCUUCUUCAGACUUUCCUCCCAAUGACAUCGUGGUUCCUGGACUCCGGUGGUUUUCUUUAUCGUGGGUUGAAUCCUCCCAUGUUUCCUUAACUUUCUACAACUUUCCUCAAACAAACAUUCCUACCUAUUUUCAUGGCCUCAUGCUCUCUGGGUACAAACAACUUUUAAAUCGUGGGUUUAAUAUAUAUAUAAAUAUAUUAAACCCACGUGUCUUGCAAAAAUUGUAGCAACGAAGACUGACUAGGUUUAGACAAGCCACUGAAGUUUCCUAAAAAGAAGGAGAAAAUAUAGCCUCCACGUUCUCCUCUCUUGGCUUGGUCAAUUUUGAUUUUAAAUGAAAAAAUAUCCAUUUAAUUGGUAUCCCAUAAAAAUAGGAUCUUCCAAUAAAAUCAACUUUAAAAGAAUUAAUCUGCCGUGGUAAGUUUAAUAAAACUCACCACAUGUUGUUAAACCAUUGGUUGGUUGAUAUUUAACUCGAAUAUUCUUAUGAGGUUGCACUCAUUAUAGUAACUCCAUGCCACCUUCUUAUACUUUUUAGGCCAUUAAAUCCAAAGUUGGUAAGUCCUACCAAGACUCACCACUUUCUUUUAAUCAAUAAUUCCAGUGGUGGAAUUUAUCUUGACCAAUCGUUCUUCUAAUGAAACUACAUAGUUUCAAUGUCCCAAAAGAAUAUUUUUUGCCAGAAUUACGAUCCAACGUGGCGAGUUCCAUUAGACCUCGCCAUGUACCUCUUAUGUAUUGGUAAAACCAGGUCAAUAAUUCCAUGUCACACCUUCCUCUGUUGGAUAAUUAGUGUAUCAAUCCAAUAUGGCAAGCUCGCUAAAACUCGUCAUUUGUCAUCUUUCUAUUGAACAAAAAUAAUUGAGUAAACAUUUGCCCCCCAAAUUCCAUGCCCUGUGGAACAAUUUGAUGACAAGGCAUGAGAUUUGAACCUUCGCCAUCACGGCCCACUUGAUCUUCAAUAUAACCAUCAUAAUAAUUCAACCUUCAACGUUUCAUACAGCUGUUACACACCAAUCUCCUUUGUCGUUAGUUAAAAAGAUGCAUCCCACAAUAUCGCACUACUUCCUUCUUUUUUGAAUUUCAAAAUUCCAACUAAACCCCUCUAAAUAUGCUCUUUGAUUCAUGGAAAACCAAAAAAUAAUCCUUAAAAGGAAAGCUCCUAUGUAACACGUGGCUGCUCCCUCGGCCUUUUCUGCAACAACCCCAUUAAUUCCAUAUUCCAUCAAGAGUCCUAUCCAUUUAUGGUACUAGACUAUCAGACUUCCCAAUCCUUGUUAUUUCCAUUUUUUAAAUUUGAAACUCUCCAGCUAUCAACCCUCAAAAGGCGUUCUUGGACUCUUGGAAACUCAACGUAAUCAUUAUAUCCAAUAAAAUCUUCUGCGCAUUAUUCGGCUGGUUUUUCGAUCUUUUCUGCGCCAUUCUUUUCCGCUGCCAAACAAAGCACAUUCUGUGUUUCCAUAAAACUCUUACCCAUCUAUGGCACUAAACCAUCUAUCUUCCAAAAUCUUUAAAAAACUUCCCUUUUAAAUUUCGAUAACCCCAACUACCAAUCCUAGAAAAACGUAUCUGAACUUUAAUACCUCCCUCAUCAUUUCUAUAUAUAUAUCUUCCAUCCUCACCACUUAACCACAAAAAACCCUAUUCUUCUCUCUUCUACUUUCUUCCUCUCCACCCAAAAAACCCUAAAGGAAAAGAAAACUCGAAGCCAUAACCAUCAAGUUCAAGUACUAUUGAAGUCCUUAAACCCUACUAGGCUUUAUCUUGAGCCUCUGGUUCAUUUUAAAGACUCUUCAGUUGGACUGGGUCCAGCUUUUACUAACGUAGCUCCUUCUGAAUUGGCCGAAUUCUACCUUUCUGGUAAGUCUUCUCUCCCCUUUGAUUCAGAAUUUCCCCUCAUUUCAAAGAAAGGAAAAAAAGUGAAGCCCUCUCUCAGCAUAAAAAUUUGGCCAACAUACCGUUCAUCUUGGUCUUCCUGGGUGAUUCGUCUCUCCAAAGAUGAAAAGAUUUCCUCUCAAUGGAAAAAAUAGGGCAUCUUUGACAUCAUUCAAAUUAGUAAGUCUUCCAUUACGCAUGAUCCAAAUCUCCUUUUUCCCAGCUCUUUUCUUUUGGUCUUCAACCACCAAUUCUCUCCACCUUAAAUGUGGAAUGAUGUCCCUUACUUUGAGAGAUAUUUGUUGCAUUACAGGUCUUAAACCCCAUGGAGAUGAUGUAAGUGCCACCCUCUUCAUUGAGCAAUUCUUUUUCCCUACCAAAACCUUUGGAAGUAAGAAAUUUAUCUCCUCCCAUCUUUCUUUCAUCAAACACUGCAAGAAAACCGGCCCAGUUCAAGAAGAUGAACACAUUGCUUUCCUGAUCUGUUGGCUUUCUGGCCAUUUAUUAUGUGUUCCAUCUGGCCAAGUAACAAAGGACUUUAUUCAAGUAGCCGUUUCCUUAGCCAAAAAUGGAGAUUUGGCACUGGCUCCUCUCGUGUUCUCUCACUUAUAUAGAGGUCUACAUGACCUACUUGCUUCAAAGUUUUCAAUGUUUCAAGUCCCCUUCUGGUUAUUCCAGAUGUGGCUUAAAGUGUAUUUCCAAAAUAAAACUUAACCCCUAGCCACUCCAACUAGAAAAUCUCUUCUGUGCCAUUAUUUAGCAACAGCAGAUCCUUCUCCUUUCAGCUUUGCUGAAAACUUCGAAUAUUUCUACAAUCAAUGUGAGACUGGUGAUGAUGGGUUCUUUGAUCCAUUUACUGCCGUUGGUCGCAUGCCAUCAUGGUUGGUUCCAUCUCCUGGAGUGUCUACCAAAAAAUAUUCUGAAGAUUGGAAAAAUAUUUGGGCUAGCUGUCUUCUCACCCGUGAUCUCCAUUAUAGCACUGCCCAGCCCAUUUUAAAAAAUAGCUUUUGCGGUGUUGAGUUUUACAAUCCAGGUCAACUGCCUAGGCAAAUGGGUAUUACCCAAAUGAUUCCGUUGCCACCCUAUAAGUCCUAUAACAGGUUCUUUAAUCUUCAAGUAAGGCUUACCGAUGCUGACCAAUUUGUAGUAAUUGAUAAGGCUUAUGCAGCGGAAAGAGCAGCUUUUAAUUUCCAAGGCCAUACUAGCAAGCCUCGGUCAACCAGUGAAUUUGAUGUAUGGUGGUCAGCUUAUAUUUCCUUUACCCGGACAAAAAAUCAUAAGGCUGUCUCUGAUUCCAUACUGGUGUCUUUCAAACCCUUGUCUCCAGAUGGAGAGGAAAAAAUACUCGAGGAAAGUGAAGAAGAUGAAGGUGGGGAGAAAACCACUGCAAUAACUAGCAAAAUUGAAGGUGUCACCAAAACUGGUGAUGUAAGUAUCGAAAGUCUUUCCUCAAGUGACAAACAAGAAAAGGAAGAAGAAGUUGAAGAAGAAAUACUAGAAGAGGAGGAGGAUGCUUUAUACAAAGCAAAGAGAAAAGGAAAAACCUUUAAGGAACUGGCUAUUGUCAAAAAAGAAUUUUAGCCACAAUUCUCCUCUCUGGAUGAAGAUUUCUCUGAUGGUGAAGUCGGUAUUUCCAAAGGCCAAACCGCUGCUCAACAUUCUAGCAAAGCCCUCAAAGUGCAUAACUGUAUUCGCCAGUUCCAGCUUAUAGUUUGAUCGUGUUGAUGCAGAUACAGACACUCACUCUACCGGUUACAUAGGAUUUCGUUCCUAUUAUGGUUUUGGAUUUUAAUUCUGUAAAUUUAUCUAAAGAUUUGUAUUUAGGGGUCUACCAGGUGGAUUCCCGAGUUGUACAGAUUUAAAUUAUAUUAAAUUAUUAUUUAAGGUUUG